CCCAGCCUUAGACUCGCUGUGACCAAGGCAGUGGCGCUUAUGGCGAGGUGACAUUCACGCUCCGCUGCUGCCGAUAAUUUAGUAUAAUAAGUAAAUAAAAGCUACGGCUACAAAAAAAAAGUAAUGUAGUGUGACGGGUCUUCAGCUGACACGCAUGGGGAAGUAAACUGGAGAAAAACCCACUGGAGCUUUUCCACAGUUACAGAAGUGCGGUAUCACGCUGGUAUUGCCAUUACUGACUGUCCAUGCUAAUCACGAAGCGUAAAUCCAACUCAGGUAUGAAUUUUGCUGUGAUAAAUGGAUACCUUACUUUCAUGGCACUUUUACAACUUUGUAAGUCUCAGCAAGGAACAUUUACAGUGGAAACGUCAUCUCCCACUGUUGCUGGCCAUUUGAAUGGUGAUGUUAUUCUCCCAUGUGCUCUUUCUCCGAAGAGCAGUGCAGUUGGAUUAGAGAUCAGAUGGGUGAGGAAGGGAUUACUAGAACCAGUCCAUUUGUAUAUUAAUGGAAAUGAUAACUUUCAACUACAAAACAAAGACUAUCAAGGAAGAACACAGCUUUUCAGUGAGGAACUGAAGAAUGGAAAUGUGUCUCUACUGUUGAAGAACAUCAGACUUUCUGAUGCAGCUAAUUAUACAUGCUCUGUUCUCAGAACAAAGUGGUUUGGAGAGAGCUCGCUAGAACUGAAAGUUUUAGCUACUGGUCGUACACCCAGAAUCACUUUCGAUGGUCGUCAGGGUAAUGGAAUUGGAUUGACCUGCAUGUCAAGUGGCUGGCACCCUAAACCCCAGGUCCUGUGGCUUUCCAAUGUUGGGACAGAUCUGACCUCUCGUUCAGAAACCAAGUUUGAAAAAGAUAAAGAUAGACUGUACAGUGUGAGAAGUAACUUUGAAAUUGGGGCAAAGGACAAUGAUGGAGUAACUUGUCGAAUUAGAGGCCUGCAGGAUACAGAAUUAACUGAAGCCAGAGUUCAUAUCAAUGCUGAUUUAUUCCAAACCAGUUCACCCUGGAAGGCCGGUUUUGCUGUUACACUUCUAUUCCUUCUCCCUGCACUUGGACUCCUGGGUGCAGCUUUAUGGUAUUUAUGGUAUUGGAUGAAAAACAGAGGAUCUGAAAAGAAAAUGAAAGAAUCAAGCCAAGAAACAACAGCAAAACUAGCAGAAUCUGAAAAGCUGCUAGCAGAAGGGAAAGAUAUGUGCAUCAAACAUUUAGAAUCUGAGAUAACACAAAUUAAAAAAGAUAAAGAAAAUCUAACAAAACGCAGAGACUCUGACAUACAACAAAUAAAAGAUGAAAAGGAUAAAGACAUCAGACGUUUAGAAACUGAGAUAGAGAAUAGUAAAAAAGAGGAAAACAACUUAAAGGAACAACUGGAAACGGCAAAAUCAGAGAGUGAAAAAUUGAAACAAGAGUGCAGUGACCUUCACAAUGAAAUAAAAAACCGAGGAUACAUCUCAAACCAAGAGCUGGAAGAGAUGCGCUUAGUACGAGCUAAUAUAACAAUGAGCCAAGACAAAUCAUCAAAGAAUGUUAAAGUGUCUGAAGAUGGAAAGAAAGUAAGAGCAAAAACAUCCGUAAGAGCAAAAACAACCAAGCUAACAGGAUGGGACUGUGCCAUUGCCAAUGAGAGCUUCACUGCUGGGAGACACUACUGGGAGGUGAAGGUGGGAGACAUUCAUAAAUGGAGGCUGGGUGUCACCAGUGACUCAGACUUCAGUGAAGUAAAAGACAAGGCUAAGGCCAGGCAGUAUUACUGGGCACUGAAGUGGAAAGAUAAGAAGCUUAUUACUGUAAACGGAAAAAAAGAAACAGAGCUGACUUCUAAACAGAAGGCCAGUGUGAUUGGAGUGUUUCUGGAUUAUGACAAAGGACGACUUUCCUUCUACAAUUUAGAUGACACUUAUCAUAUUCACACUUUGAUAUUUACCACCAAACUGCCCCUCUAUCCCUUUUUUAACUGUACCAGCACUGAGAAAGAUCUUGAUAUUAGUAGUAAGUAGCCAAUGGAAUGGAAGAGUCAAAGACAGACAAGACUACAGCCUAAUGAUCAAGCAGAGCAAAGUGACCUCUUACACAUGUAAUAUUACUGUGUUGUAAUGUAAAAAAAUCUGACGGUAACCUAGUGCAUCUUAUACAUUAAUGUUUAUAGUUUCCUAUGAUGAAAUUUAAUUUAUGAAUUACAUUUAAGAAUUAAAGUAAACCACAGUAUUGCUGGAUUGUAAAAUUGAAUACAAGCUGAACUUCAUAUUUUCUCCUGAAGUCUCAUUAUUUGUUUUCAUGUCAGAUGUUGCAGAGAACCAGUGUGAAUCAGGCUGCUGUCAAAAAAAUGGAAUUCUCUAAAAUAUUGCAGUUUAUAUUUCUAAAUCUCCUUGUUACUUUCAAUAACUGAACUGCACAGAUAGAAAGAAUUUUCAGUGCUUAAUCCAGUCACUUACAUAAUAUGGCAUUUGCCUUUGUCCAAAAAGAGUUUAUUUGUAAAUGAGAGUCUUUAGAUCAAAUAAUAUGUAAACGUGCAGCAGGUGGUACAACAUUCACCCAUAUUCCAGCUCUGCUUCUAUGGAAUGAGUAUAUGAAGUUUUGAAAAACAUUAAUGCCAGCAUACAGAGAUAGGAGAAGUGACUUAUUCUCUUUUACAAUCUGCAUAAAAAGUGCCAGUUAACAGUUAAUACUAGCAAGAAAUAUGUAUUUAGAAUAAAAAUAUUUCAAUUAGAGAACAUUUACUUCAUAGAGGUGUAUCGAAGAUUAAACACUGUCUCUUCUGCCAAAAUACCGUAUAUUAGUGGGGGAUGGAUUCCAGAAGUACAGCCCUGUUGGGGUCCCUGAGGACUGAGAGAGGGCGAUGGCCCAAAAGUGCUCGCAGGAAGACAUGGCAUGGCUGUGGAAGCAUUCUUGGGUCUGCCAUAAAAUAGAGUACACUGCCUUACAUAACUGAGUCAGAGUUGGUUGGCAGCAGGCAGAGGUGGAGAAGGUGAAUUGUUUGAUUUAUUGUAUUAUUGUCGCUGACCAUUUGAAAGAGGUCUGUGAAGAAGUGCUUGGAGAGAAUAAAAGUCUGUUAUU